AUGACAAAGGCACUGGCCAAAAUAUCACACUUAUACAUUUCUUUCUUCUUAUUGACAUUUAAUUUUGCUGGAAUUGCUUCUACAACCAAAUGCGCCUCGUUACAUUUCGGAUGUCACAUCACGAUAAAUAUUAAGCAGAAAACGAUAGCAGACAUUUGCGCCAACAAAAUAUGCAAUUCAGAUGGUGAAACAAAGAAAAAGAGAAAGAAUAUGUCAUCAGGACAUACAAGGAUGACCCAAAGGACAUUUAUUACCAAUGAGAUCAGUGAUUCGAUCGAUCAAUUAAUUAGUAUAAAGUGGUAG